AUGAAAUGCCAGAGCUUUGGCAGCAGUAGCCACCUCGCCUCCUUUCUCAGUUCAAAAGAGAGUGAGAUUGUGGCUGGAAACAUUCUUGAUGAAUACCCAACUAUGAAAGAUGCCUGGAUUGGACUGCAUGAUGCCAAAAAGACAAGGAGGUGGAGAUGGACUGAUUCCUCAACCACCAACUUCAGACCUUGGAACCGUGGGGAACCCAACAACCAAGGGGGGGAAGAAUUCUGUGUCUAUCUGUCAGCCUCAGCAGGGUUCCAGAAAUGGAAUGAUGGCGACUGCAGAACAGAAAUGAGCUAUAUCUGCAAGUUCAGCCUCUAAUAAGGAUAGCA